CUCCAGACCAGGCGCCGCACCAUUCUGCUCCUCCUCCGCGCUCACUGCUUUUUGGUCUGGUCAUUAAUUCUCAUUGUCUCCUCUCUUCGGUUGGUCUUCAAGCUCCUCUUCCAAGAUCAGUCCUCAUCACGACAUCAGCGGUGUUUAUCAACCUGCAGUGGCAGUGUGGCUCAAUCAAACAAUUACUUAGUCCUUUCCACUCUUCUCUCUCGAAUCGUUAUUCUAACUGCCGCCGGCUUGGAGAGGGUCUUUCGCUCUCCUUCUCCUUCUCCUUCUCCUUCCUCAAUCCACGGUGAUGACUACUCAAAGGAAGAAUAUAUGUGUAAAUGAGUCGUACGAUUGUAAUCUUGAAGAAUGGUUGAUUAAACACAACACUGAUGCUAGGUGGUCAAGUAAGCACCACACAUGGAAUUUGGAUUCUGCUAAAGCAUCUAUUAAUUGGAACUUAGAAUGGCCCACAUUAGAUACGGUGCAAUUGGUGCAGGGCAUGAUAACAGCUGUCAUAGAAUUUCGUGAUAAGAAUGGAAUUCACGGUUAUCUUCAUAAUCAUAAGAACUUUUUGUUGAAAUUUGGAAUGAAGUGCUAUUUUGGUGCACAUGUGAGAGACAUCAUUAAAGUUUUUAUUGUGCAUGAUGAUAAGUCAGAGAAAAAGAAUAGUGAUUUCAAAGAGAAAUCAAAAAAUGCUGAUGUGACUGAGUUGGCUAGCAUGAUUUGUUAUACCAUACUUGGUAAAGAGAUUCAAGAGUUACCUUCUGAUUGGAUUAACCUAAUUGACAGCGUUAAUAUAUUAUACAUGACUAGUAGAUAUAAAACUGUUAUUCCAGUGGAAUUCGUGAAGAAUCAUCCAACAUUGUGGCCAUGGCGAAGGAGAUUCAUGUUUUAUGAGGAAUGUUGGGUUCAAGCUACACAUUGGACGACUGUCACGCACAUAUCUAAAUGA